GCGAUUCUCCACUUGGGCUGGGCACGUGUAGUGUGUUCCUCAGCCCUCUCCUCCAAUGCGCCUGGUGGCCAGACUCCAAGUGGGACCGCCGGACGGACGCGCAGCCUCGGGGGGUGGUCGAAACUGAUGGAGAACCUCUCUCUGGAGCCAGAGAUCCAAGAUGACUGCGGGCCACCCAGGGCAGCGGGUGCUCCCACAAAGCCCAGGAACAACUUCAAAGACUUGAUGGUCAAGCUGACUGAGGGCCAGUAUGUGCUGUGCAGAUGGACAGAUGGACUGUAUUAUCUUGGAAAGAUUAAAAGGGUCAGCAGUUCGAAGCAAAGCUGCCUUGUAACCUUCGAAGAUAACUCCAAGUACUGGGUCUUAUGGAAGGAUAUCCAACAUGCUGGUGUUCCAGGCGAAGAGCCCAAAUGCAACAUCUGUUUGGGAAAAACAUCUGGACCCCUGAAUGAGAUUCUCAUCUGUGGAAAGUGUGGUCUUGGUUAUCAUCAGCAAUGCCAUAUCCCCAUUGCAAGCAGCACCGAAGGGCCCCUGCUAACACCAUGGUUCUGCCGACGCUGUAUCUUCGCUCUGGCUGUGCGGAAAGGUGGCGCGCUGAAGAAAGGAGCCAUUGCCAAGACCUUGCAAGCAGUGAAAAUGGUACUCUCUUACAAGCCUGAGGAGCUAGACUGGGACUCCCCACAUCGGACCAACCAGCAGCAGUGUUACUGCUACUGUGGAGGUCCUGGAGAGUGGUACCUAAGAAUGCUUCAGUGUUACAGGUGUAGGCAGUGGUUUCAUGAGGCCUGUACCCAGUGCUUGAAUGAGCCCAUGAUGUUUGGAGACAGGUUCUAUGUGUUCUUCUGCUCCGUGUGUAACCAGGGCCCAGAGUACAUUAAGAGGCUACCUCUAAGAUGGGUGGAUGUGGUUCACCUUGCCCUCUAUAACUUGGGGGUACAGAGCAAAAAGAAAUACUUUGAUUUUGAAGAAAUCCUAGCCUUUGUCAAUCACCACUGGGAUCUUCUUCAGCUUGGCAAGCUGACCAGCACCCCAGUGACAGAGCGAGGACCCCAUCUCCUUAAUGCACUGAACAGCUACAAAAGCAGGUUUCUCUGUGGCAAGGAGAUCAAGAAGAAGAAAUGUAUCUUCCGACUAAGGAUCCGGGUCCCUCCCAAUCCACCUGGUAAACUGCUGCCAGACAAGGUUGUGGCCCUGAAGGAAAAUGGUGGCACCUCCUCUGACCUACAGAAGAGAGGGAAGAGCAAGUACCAAACUAAGCAUAGUUCGGUGCCUCAUGAACAGCAGAAAAGGCGAGUUGUUAGAAGAAAAAGAUCAAAAUUUUUGUUGGAAGAUGCUAUUCCCAGUAGUGACUUCACCUCAGCCUGGAGCACCAAUCACCACCUGGCCAGCAUAUUUGACUUCACUCUAGAUGAAAUUCAGAGUUUAAAAAGUGCCAGCUCAGGCCAAACCUUUUUCUCAGAUGUGGACUCCACUGAUGCCGCCAGCACGUCUGGCUCAGCCUCCACCAGCCUGUCCUAUGAGUCCAGGCGGACUGUGGGCAGCCGGAAGAGGAAGCUGGCAGCCAAAGCAUACACAUCCCUAGGGGCGAAGCGACGGGCAGCAGAGCCUGGUGGGCGCUGCACCUCAGACAGCAGUGCCGAAGGGGGCUCGGGCCCUGAGAGACCCGAUGAUGGCAUUGAUAGCCACACUUUUGAGAGCAUCAGUGAGGACGAUUCUUCCCUUUCCCACCUCAAGUCCUCCAUCACCAACUAUUUUGGUGCAGCUGGGCGGCUGGCAUGUGGUGAAAAGUACCAGGUCCUUGCUCGAAGGGUGACUCCUGAAGGGAAGGUCCAGUACCUAGUGGAAUGGGAGGGGACUACCCCAUACUGACCCAAUGUUGGAGAUAGGGGGGCGGGAGUCAGUCUUUAAAGUCUUGUUAACCAAAGGAGAGAAGAGGGAAGUCUAUCCCAGGGGCCCAUUAGGCUUUGGGGGCUUCUCUCUAUUCCCAGGGGUUCCAAGGGAGAUGAGAUAUAAUGAUGCUCAGCUCUAGAAUUCCAGGUCUUUUUGAAAGGCUGAGAUAAAAGCUCUGGGGCAGAACCUUGCAUGGAGUUUGACUGAGCUCCUAGCUAGGACUGACUUCUCUCUUCUCAUAUUCUCUCCUUUUUGUGUCUUUUGAAAAAUUUUCUCUGCCUCUUUCUGUGUUUUUAUCUCCUCCCCUAGGCCUUCUAUUUUCCUCUUUCUUGAUGUCUGUCCCUACCUGUUUUAUCGCUGUCUAGGUGUUUCUAUUCCGUGAUAGGUCUGCCUUUGUCACUUUUUUGUCUGUUUUUCCUUAUCUAUUUCUCUCUGCCCCAUUCCUCCACCCUUCCCCAAGCUAUAUUAUUUUAGUAACUGAAUAUAUGCAGAGGGCAGCUGCUACAUGCCCUUCUCUGACCUGACCUUGAGCAAGAUGUUCUCAUGGCAUCAGAGUGCCUUUAGCAUAGUGGGGGAUUGUAAAGUGGGGGGAGGAGGGCGGAGUUCAUCUCUCUGGAGUCCUUCCUGCUAGCUCCUGCCUAUAGCUGUAUUCUCACCUCCUAUCUCCCCCCCACCCAGCAUGAAUGUGGAUGCCACUGGUGGGGUGAAGGUGAGAUUGAGAAUGGGUAGGAGAAAGACAUCAAUGCAACUUCAUAUUGCCCAACUUGUGGGACAGAGGAAUUCCUCUUUUGAAUGAGAGGCCUGCACCCCCACCAUACCCACCAAAAAUGAACAGCAGAAAAGGUUGUCUCUUCCUAUUGUAUUUAUUUCUUACCUUAAUGGAAUGACAUUUAACUUUGAAGAAUCUCCAUCUCUCUAUAACUGAGACCCCACCCCCUCUCCUGUCCCUAAGCAUUGCUGUGAAACUGAGAUAGAAAUCACUUGGUCACCAAGGGCUUUCUGUGUUGGGAGCCCUGGACUAGGGGAAGGAGGGAAGACAAGAGCUUGACCAAAGGCAGUUCCCUAAACCCAGCUUCUUCCCUUCCUGGGAUCUUAGACACACAUCAGAUUUCCGCUUUCCUGGGGACUGUCAGAUGGGUUCAUUAAGCGCAGCCUUUCCUGCAAACAACACCUUUAGCCAGUUCCUGGAACAGGAAGGCUAAGAGAUGGAGGUGGGUGUUGGAUGUAUGUGUUUUUAGGGAUAGGGAUGCUAUAAUGAGGAUCAUGGGACUUUAGAUCUCAAAGAAAUCUCAUAAGGCAGUCUUUUUACAGAUAAGGACAUGGAGUGGUGGUGUAAGGGGAAGAGCAUUAGACUGGAAGUUCAAAGAUCUAAAAGUAUCCUCUCUGGAGUCAGAGGACCUGGAUUCAAAUUCUGCCUCUGUGACCUUGAAAGGAUCACCUAAUUUUUCUUGACCUCAAUUUCUUCAAUGGUAAAAUGAGAUGAAAUAGCCUCUUGGGUUCCUUCUACCUUUUAGCUAUAUGAUUCAAGUUUGAAUCCUGUUUCUAUUAUUUAUAAUCCAUGUGACCUUUGGCAAGUCACUAAAUCUCUCUGAGCCUCAAUUUUCUUCCUCUGUAAAAUGAAGAGAUUGGCCUCGAUUUCUGCCUUCCAUUUCCAAAUAUUCUGCUAAGUGACUUGCCCAAAGUCACAGAAAUAGUAUUGGAGCUGGGAUUUGAACCCAGGUCUUCUGACUUCAAAGGUAGUAUGGUCUCUGCAUUCUAUAACCUUCUGGAGAGAGAGAGAGAGAGAGAGAGAGAGUGUGUGUGUGUGUGUGUGUGUGUGUGUGUGUGUGUGAGAGAGAGAGAGAGAAAGAGACCCUAUGACUGAUCUGCUAAUGAAUGCCAAGCUAACAGCCUAGAGGUGGCAAUAGGGCUGGCUACACUUCAUCCAGAUGAGGUACCCCCUCCCUUGAAACUGACAAUCAUUUUUCCAGGAAGCCUAGUGCUUGCACUGUCCCCAUCCUCUCAAAAGGAGAGUUAAGGGCAUGGGGGGAGGGGAAUGAGUGGGAAAUAAAUAGGCCUCUUCAAACUGAUAAACACUGCCUUGCUGAGCAAAGCAACAACAAAAACAAAGUUGAAACCAAGCUGGAGGCUCUCUCUAUAGCCCCUCCCCACACUUCUCCCUAGAAGAAGAAUCGCCCAUGUUGAAGGAAAGUGGGAACUUCCUGGUCUUGCUGCUUUUAUUAAUAAUCAAAACCAACCCACAGAGAAGGGAAAACAGAUGCCUAUAGCUCUUCAUAGCACAGAAUGUUCAGCUCUACCAGAGUCUGAGAAGUUGGGGGUAAAAAUGGAUAGCAGGGUCUGAAGCACUUGGGUAGAGUUAGGUCUCUAAAUGGGGCUGGACCUGUAACACUUCAAGAUCAGGGAUGGGAUGAAGGAUGACAAUUACAAGUGACCAAACAGGUGUUUGAUUAGGUCUUAUUAUAUUUCUAUUACCUUACUGGACCCUAAGCCUCAACCUCUGUCCUCAUGCCUUAUAAAGAGCAUCUCUGGUCCUAGUGAGGGACUUAAAUGGAUACUUAGAAACCCCAGAACUGACAGUGCCUUUCAAAUUGAAUUCCCCACCCUGUUCAUCCUCACACAAAAAAGUGCCAACACUCCACUGACUUUCCCAUUCACCAGGAAAAUUGUGCUCCCUGAGCAGCUAUGACUGAUACCUCUGUGGAUGUCUACUCAGAUACUGCCAGGUUAUCUCUGGGCCCUAAGAAACUAGCCAUGGGAGAAUAUCUAGAGUAGAAGCCUCUCCCCUUGACUCAGUGGGCCCAUGAAUGACAUUCACAGAUUAAAGUAAAUGUCCCAUCCUGUUGACCCUGGUUCCAGCCUUAGGCAAAGCUUAACAGCUCUUUUUAAGAAGCCUGGAAUGGAGUAGGGAAUUCAGUAAGGCUCUUUGGAAGAUAUAUUGGGGAUCUGAAAUGGCAGGUGGUGGUGGUAGUAAAUGGGCCUCCUUGAAUUGGCACAGGACCCUGGGUCCUGGGAUCUACCUAAGAAUGACUCAGCUCUGAGCUGGAUCCUAUAUGUACUGUCCCUGAGGACACUGGCCAAGCUGGGACCUUAGGACAGGUAACCUUUUAAAGGUGUUGCCUUCUUACUCUCUGGAUAUGGAUACCGUUUAGUUCUGGGGAUAAAGGGGCAGCUAAAAAUAGAAGUAUGGGGGUCAGUCCCUAGCUGUUCACAACCUAGUUCCCUGGCAAUCCCAAGAGGCAUGUGAUCUGGGAGGAAAAUUGAAUAGCUGUCCCAGAUAUGUAGACAUCUUCCCAUGCUUUGGGACCCCCCACAGUCACCAUAUGUGGGUGGUUGAGAAUUUCCCCACUAGAAGACAUUACUCAAAUGGCAAGUGCACUUCCCACCCCUGGGAGUUUCAUGAGUCCCCUGCCUAGACACACUGAAGUUUCCCUCAGUCAUUUAUAGGUGCUGGACCCAACUUUGGCAUUCUCAUUGGACUCCUGAGGGUAUUCAACAUUAGUUGUAAUAGAUCCUGUAAUGACUCUGUUGUGCACCUUUUAAAAAGAUUUAUGGUUUCAAGUUGCUGCUUUUAAUAACCAACAUUUUAUAUUAAAGUUGUAAUU